AUCAAAGAGUCAGAAAAAACAUGAGUUCAUUUGCUUCUUUCUUGCUUAUCUUAUCUUCUCUAGCUUUAGUUUCCAUUGGCAGAGGUGAAGAAAGAGCUCCCCAUGGCAUUGCAUACGAGAACCCCAUGGCCUUUUCCCCCUCGGCAUAUGACUUUUUUCAUCCCAAAACCCCUUGUGUAGCUUCCACGUGCUCACCAUUGCCUGUUGCAGCUCAAGUUGAUGGUUCAAAAGCACUUGCAAGCAAGGUGUCAUCAGGGCAGGGAGUGGGAGCUGGUGGAGUUGCUGCUGGCAUUGUUUUUGGUUUGGCAUUUGCAGUGCUUUUGGCAAUGGGUGUUUACUAUGUGCUCAACACCCGUCGUGUUAAUGCGAAUCGAGCCAACUCGGUUCAACCUGAUGCCUAAAUCAUUUGCUCUUCAAACAUCCAAUCCUCAAUGUACAAUGUAGGCCAAGGCUUGAUGGUGAUGAUGAUGAUGAUGUAGGAGUUAGAAUUAAGCAUUUAUGCUAUCUUUUUUUUCCUCUGAUCUUCGGAUUUUUCUGCCAUGCUUUAGUUCUAUUUUAUGUUUGAAGUUGUUAUACAUAAUUGUAUGAUAGUGUUUCACAAGUGUUUGAUAUGAUGUUAAUCAUAGAAUGCCUUAACCAACAA